AUUCUAUCUAAAUAGUUACUACUAAUGUCACAUAAAGAAGUUGAAAACAAACCAAUACAUGGUAAUCCUCCAGACGAGUAAUUGGCUAACGGACCUAUAGAAAACCGUUAAUGCCGUGACUUGAUCUGUUUCCUUUUAUUUGUUGGAGCAACUGCCGCAUUUGUCGUAAUAAUAUCGAUGGGAUUCAAUCAAGGGAAACCAGAAAGACUAAGUUAUGCAUAUGACCCUAAUGGCAGAGCGUGUGGACAUGAUGAUGGAGUGUUUAAUGCUCCUUACAUCUAUUUGGUUGCGCCUUUGGUAGGGUAUCUAAAUAGAUCGGUUUGCGUUUCUCAAUGUCCCAAUUGGCAAGAAGGAGCAAAAUAACCAACUCGUUUAGAAUGUGUUGUAAAUAAUGUUAUAACAAACUGCUCAGAAAGGUAUUCAUACGAUGGAGUGAAUGAUAUAAGAGACUUCGAUGUAAACUUCUUGCUCAAUUCAGACAAUUAUGCUGAUGAGCCAUCAGUUGAUAAAUUAUUUAACUACUCUACAUUUAUUUACAAUUCAACUAGUGUUUUGGAUAGAUUGUGUAUACCAGCAGGGGAUAAAUAUGUUGAAAAGAUCUAUGGAAAUAUGGAUGAUAUUGCCUCUGUUUAAGUAUUUUAAUAGUGGGUGGCUGAUAUAAGAUUGACAUAUAAAAUUCUCUUUGCAUCAGUUGGAAUAGCAUUUGCAAUUGGACUGUUUUACAUGUUGGUCAUGAGAUAUUGUGCAGGUACCUUGACUUGGACAGCCAUUUUUUUGUAUUUUGUUUGUAUUGUACUUUUCAUCAUUUAUCUAAACGAUAAAGCUAAUGCUUACAAGACUCGAGCAGCCCUCAAUACAGCUUAAGGCAUAUCGGACACUGAUAAUCAAGACUUGUAGACCUAUUAUGGAUUGAGGGGUUCCAUGAUUGGAAUGUGUAUAAUAGGAGGGUUGUCCUUAUUAGGAUUGCUGUGUUACUUUAAUCGAAUCAGAAUGGCAAUUGCAGUUAUAAAGACAGCUGCAUUAUUUGUGAUGGAAGUGCCUUCAGUUAUGUUGGUUCCACCAAUAUUCUCCAUUUUGGUUAUGGGAUAUUGGGGAUUGUGGAUAAUUUCUUUUUUUUAUAUCUAUUCAAUGGGAGACGUUAAAGGAAGCAGCGAUACUCCCUUGGCUACAGUUGAAUGGAAUGAUAACAUCCGGUAUUACUUGAUCUACCAUCUAUUUUAUGGAUUAUGGUCUAAUGCUCUUCUAUAGGCGUUCUCCUAAUUUAUUUUGGCAUCCUCUGCCUGUCUUUGGUUUUAUUAACAUAGUGACGGAUAGUUAAUUCAUUUUUAUGUUUUGGAGUCCUUUAAAAGGUCGAUUAUUUAUCACUUUGGCUCAUUAAUUUUCGGGGCAUUAUUAUUGGCCAUAGUUCAAUUCAUUCGGUUUUGGUUGGAAUAUAUCAAUUAUUAAAUGAAACAAUUUUAAGGUGAUCCCAAACAACCCGUUAAAUGCUUUAUUGACUGUUUGAGAUGUUAUGCAUCUUGUUUUGAGAGAUUUGUGUCUUUUAUUAAUAAAAAUGCCUUUAUUUAGAUCGCUUUAACAGGGGAUAACUUUAUUACUGCAGCCAAGAAUGGAUUUUACUUAGCUUGGAAUAAUGCAGGCUAAUUUGCUGUAACAUCAGGAAUAGGAAGCGUAUUUUGCACUCUAUGCAAAUUAUUUAUUGCGUUUUCCACAACUUUUCUGUGCUACAUGAUUAUAACAACAUCUGAUACUUAUAAAGAGAAACUCAAUUCUCCUAUUGUGCCUACAUUAUUAUUCUUUGUUAUUUCUUAUGUAAUUGGAGAUCUUUUCAUGUCAGUUUAUGGAAUGGCUAUUGAUGCAAUUUUAUAGUGUUCAAUUACUGAAUUAGAACUGGUUAAAGCAAAACCUGGUUUAUUAUAGAAAAAGAGAGCCCCUUAACCUAUCUAAGACUUUUUGGAAGAACAUAAAAAAUCAUGAUAAAAUUAAAUUUUAUUUUUUAUAAUCAUUAUUAUAUAUCUUAAAA